AUGGGGAAAGCCAUCAAAGCCACUGGGUGGGGUCAGUAUGACAUCCCUGUGCCGACUGGGGUGGUGGUCGAUACCCCAGAGCAUGCCCGGUCGGUCGUAUCAGCGAUAGGUGCGCCGUCCAUGCUGAAGUCCCAGAUCCUAGCGGGAGGACGUGGCAAAGGGAAAUUCGAUACCGAUGGGAAGGGUGGUGUCCGUAUGGUGUCCACCCCGGACGAGGCAUUCGAAAAUGCGUCGCAGAUGCUCGGUCACUACCUCACGACCAAGCAAACGCCGCCGAAAGGCCUGUUGGUGAAGAAGCUAUAUAUCUACAAAGCCGAGGAUGUGGCUCACGAGUAUUACGUCGCCGUCACAUUCGAUCGCCAACAGUCCAGCCCCGUCCUCUUGAUAUCUGGCGAAGGCGGGGUGAACGUGGAAUCCGAGGCCGAUCAACUACACCGGUUUUGGUUCUCUCCGUCCAGGGGUGUCACGCCGGACCUCAUCGCAGCCGUCCGAUCGAGGCUGCUUUUUUCCACGGCCGAAAUGCCCAUCAUCGAACGGGUCAUCCAACAGUUGGUGAAAUUAUUCGUCGAAAAAGACGCCAUUUUGCUCGAGCUAAACCCAUUGGUCCUGACCCCCGAUGGCCGAUUCGUUUGCCUGGACGCCAAGUUUGAUCUAGACGACGCCGCUCGAUUCCGGCAGCAAGGACUGUACAGUCUGGAGGAGCCUACCCCCGACCUGGCCGAGGAGUACGAGGCGUCGCGACACGGGCUGGUGUACAUUCGCCUCGAUGGCAACAUUGGCAACGUUGUCAACGGGGCCGGUCUAGCCAUGGCGACCAACGACUUGAUCAACCUACACGGCGGAAAGAGCGCCAACUUCCUCGAUAUCGGGGGUAAGGCAACGGGGGAGACCCUGUGGCAGGCCGUGGAGAUGCUGAACCGGGAUCCCCACGUCCAGGGCAUGUGGAUCAACAUCUUUGGUGGGAUCGUGCGGUGCGACAUGAUUGCCCAAUCGAUUGUCGACGCGGGAUCGGCCAUGGGCGGGUUCAGGAUGCCCGUCGUCGUGCGCCUCCAGGGGACCAACAGCGACGAGGCCCAGCAAAUCAUACAAAAGUCCGGCAUGGAUCUGCAUACGGAGUCCGAUUUCGAGCUGGCGGCGGAGAGAAUCAUUGAGCUGACACCUCGAUGUAGUUAG